UCACAGAAGUAUUUGUAAACAAACAAACAAACCUUAACUUAAAUGAUUAACUCUCCUUCUAACCACUGCUCCUAGAAACCCAGACCAGCUAGCUUCUUGUCUUUGAGUCUGUUUCUGAGUUUCGUUUGUUUUUGUAAAGACAAAUAAAGCUCACAAACAAAAAGGUGGAACCGCUGCAGGCUGAGCAUGACAAGAAAACAUUGAAGGCGAUCCUUGAAUGGCAACAUUUCAGGAAAGCAUAAAACAUUUAUUUAAUUUGUAAUUUUGUUUUUGAAUCGAGGGCCACCAGCCUUUUGGAAAUAGGCUUCAUAUUGUUUUUUUGCUUUUGUUUAAUGAUUGUUUUGAUUUAAUACCCAAGGACCAGUGUGUCUAAAAUAAAGAUUAAUCAUGAGUAUGUGCCUUGUGUGCAUCUAAAAAUCUGCAUGCAGGUCUGGAAAAACACAAGAGAACACUACAGCUUAUUUUAAACCCACAAAGACCAAACUCCCAUCAAGCAGCUGAGAUGCUUGACUAUUUUUUUGUACAACAGUAAUUUAAGAAUAUACAGGUAACACUUUUACUAUUAAAUGUUCUUAAGCUUAGGAAGGGAGGGGGUUGUCUGCUUAGUAAUGCAUUACAUAAUAUGGUUAAGCGGUUAAUGUUAUUCAGUAGUUCAUUAAUGCUUAAUAAUGCACUAAGUAAUGAUAAUAAAGGGACUUAUUGUAAAGUGUUAACAAGAUUCAUAAUUGUGUUAUUUAAGGUCUGAAAACAGCUUAUUUUAUUAUCUUGACAGUUUUUCAUGCAAAUGCACUUAAUGUUCUUUUUUUAACUCAAAACUGCAGAAUAAUAGAAACUAAUGAAGCCAGCUGGAUUUAUUUAUUUUCAUUUUUUGUAAAUAAACUCAAAAUAUAAUGAUAAAGCGUGUGCAUUCUCUAAAUUAGACAUUCUACACAUUUAGCUAACAUCUUAAACCUGUUUGAUCUUCUCAGAAAGACACACAUCAUUAAUCAGCUCAUGGUAAACAGCAAUUUUCUGACUUCCAGAGUCAUCUCGUGUGUGUUUUCUUCCUCUCAGCUUCUGCAGCUCCCACGUCAUCAUCCAUCUAUUUUUUUUUCUUCCUCUCCAUCCUUAAAGCAGCCACCAGCUGUGCUCCAUCACCACCUCUGUGGAACAUUGCUCCUGCAGCCGGACCUUUAGUGUGCAGCGAGCGGUUCUGACAUGAGGCUGGGACUAGUGACGUUCCUCUGCUGCUGGAGCUGCAGCUUUGUGGGUCAGACUGAGAGCGCUCCUCUGACCUGCUACUCCAGAGCUGUCGCUCUGAGUGAAGAAAUCAUGACUCUGCUGGAGAAAAUCCACAACGACAACCGCACCAUGAGAUGUGCUGAAAUCCUGCCAAAGAUCUUCCUUGAUGUUCACAACCAGUGCAUCACUUCCAAGCUCCGUGACUUUCUCUAUGUGUUGCUGAACCAUCCCAGCCAGUCCUGCAAAAAGAGACACAGAAUGGAAUCCCUGAAGCUCAAAGUGCAAAACCUGCACUUCAUCAUCACCAGGAUUUGUUUCCGGGAUUUGGUGUUCAGGUCAGACGACUGUGAGGCGAUUGACACUGGACUUGUCAGCCCAUACUUUGCAGAAGACAGAUUACAGAUCCUCCAGGAGGAGAGAUGAACUGAAUCACACCAACGAGCCAUCUAGAACACUUAAACAUCACCAAACAUCAGCUUGCAUCAGACGCGGCACACCCUGUGGCUUCACAUGUCCCACACACAGUUGGCUGACUGUGUUAGGGACAGACUAAUGUUAGUGGUCAUGUCUGGUUACAUUCCAGCAAAAUAGCGCAGAACUUUCCACAGGAAAUUUGCUGGAUGCCUACCAUACCGAUGAAAACCUUGAAAUAAUAAACCAAUAAGAGGUGCUUGUGAGCGGAGCCUGACCACUGCGUGCUUACUGGGGCUGAUCAAAGGGCCAUGAGCCAUUAGCAGAAAUCGCAUUACCACAACUUCUUAUUCACAUCUGAAGGCUUGAAGUGAUAAGAAAUGGAGCUUUUAGUUUUCUCUUGUUCAGAAUGUCACAUCUGAAUGUUUGUUACAUUCUUACAAAGUUGUGAUGUUGCUGUUCCAACAUUAAACACCUCCUCCUUCCUCCUG